AUGGUGCACCUGCCCUUCUGCCUGGGCGCCAUCGCAGUGUUCCACUCCGUGCCGAAGGAUGAGCUGGGCAACGUGCCUCUGAAGCUGUCGCCCUGCGUGCUGGCAAAGAUCAUGGGGGGCACUAUCACAAUGUGGGAUGACGCGGAGAUCAAGGCGCUGAACCCCAUCCUUUCGGUGCCGGCAGGCACCAAGAUCCAGGUGGGGCAUCGCACCGUUGGGUCCAGCAGCACCGGCGGCAUCACCGGCUACCUCGAGGCCAAGUGCCCAACGUCCUGGACCCUAGGCUCCGGGAGCACCAUCACUUGGCCCACCUCGGACAACUUCAACGCAGUGCAGGGCUCGCCGGGCAUGUUGACCCACGUGACCGGCACACCCUAUGCCUUGGGAUACCUGGAUGCUGGCCACGGGCAUCAACGCGACUUGCAGGAAGUGAGCCUCCAAAACGAGGCCAACACCUGGCUCACCUCCAAGGAUGCCAUGGCCGCCACAGACAGCAACGGGAACAACGGCAUCUCUGCAGCGGGGAAGGCAGCGGUGGAUGCCGGGGAUAUCCCAACUGACGCCGCCGCAGACUGGAGCGCCGUGAACCUGUACCGGAAGAAUGGCACGAACACCUGGCCCAUCGUCCUGGUCUCCUACAUCUAUGUCAAGAAGGACCUCAGCGGCAUGACAGUGGACAAGGUGGCGGUGUUGAAGGCCUUUGUGGACAUGGUGCUGGGUGAGGGUCAAGACAUGCUGAAGGACUUCUCCUUUGACAAGGUCCCGGCCGCCAUGAACACUUGGAGCACCACCUGGGCCAACAUGACCAAGCCCAGCGGCUUCACGGAGAUGACUUUGCUCACCAGCACGAGCGCCUGGACCGGCCAGGGCGCCAACGUGAUCACCUCAAAGAGGAACUCCUACACCAUGUGGAAGUUGGGAGAGCUGGAGGUGUCCCUGGACGCGAUGACAAGUCGUCUUGAGGCCUUGGAGACCCAUCUGGACGGCUAUGGCGUGGUGCCCUUGCACGGCAGCGGCACUACCAACACCAAGAAUUGGUUCGCCAAGGCCAUGAAGCUCAUGGAGACCCGUGCCCGAGUGCCCCUCUUUCUGACCUACCGCGCCGUUGGCAGCGGCACGGGGCAGAAGGAGUUCGUGGGCGAUGGCGCCUCUAUGUUUAAGAGCUACAGCAACUUUGGAGCAGGAGAUAUUCCUAUGUCCAGCUCCAACUUCCAGGCCCUCAUGGCCCAGACCCCGCCUGAGACGAUGGUGCACAUGCCUUUGGCGCUGGGAGCCAUCGGCGUCUUCCACUCCGUGCCCAAGGAGAUGCUGGGAGGUGCCACGGAGGUGAAGCUGGAUGCCUGCCUUCUGGCAAAGAUCUUCAGUGGUGCAGUGACCACCUGGGAUGACGCCCAGGUGUUGGCCCAGAACCCGACUCUGAGUGUGCCGGCCGGCACUGUCAUCAAGGUGGCUCACAGGACCCUUGGGUCCAGCAGCACUGGCGGCCUUUCAGGAUACCUCAACAAGAAGUGCCCAUCCAGCUGGACCUUGGGCGCCUCCUCCUCCAUCAGCUGGCCUGCCCAGGCCAACUUCAACAACGUGGAGGGCUCUCCGGGCAUGCAGAGCUUCAUCAUGGGCAACCAGUAUGCCAUCGGCUACCUGGACGCCGGGCACGGCCACGACUUCGAGAUGUCCGAGGUGGCGCUCACCAACUUCGCGGGCAUGACGCGGACCUCCAAGGCAGAAAGUCCGAAAUUUACUGUCUUUGGCGCUCUCAAACGAAAGUUCCCCCCUAGAUUUCCCUUUUUGGUGGUUUUUCACAGCACCUGUUUCUUUUGGUAG